CUUGAGACGUGUUCUUCAAAAAACCACUUGACCAUAAACAAAAUGAGCCUCUACAGACACCAGCAAUCCUGGGACCCAUGCCGCCGUGGAAGUUUCUCUUCUGGCAGCUGCUAUGGAGACUCUGGAAAAUGCAUCUCCUAUUACCCACCCUAUGGCCGUAGCUACUACCCCCAGACCUACUGGGGUGGUUACAGCCGUAGCUGCUACCCACCAAUCUAUUAUGGCGGUUACGGGUAUGGCCGUGGUUGCUUCCCACCACAAUAUUAUGGGGGCUAUGGUUACGGCCGGCGUUACGGAUGGGGGUACGGAUCCAGGCGUGGCAGCAUCUGUUAUGACCCUUGCAGCUACGGUUCUGGAGUGUGCUACCCUCUCACUCGAAGGUACAGCUGCAGCAGCAUCGACGGUCCCUGCUAAAUGCUAGAGUGGACUUCCUGUGCAAUGGUAAAUGGUGACAUGCACCCAAUGACUCUCUAACUGAUUUCCACACCCCAUCCACCGAAAUGCUGAACACUAAAGAUUUCCUAUGGUUAUCAUUGUGAGCUCACCAUUUCUCUAAAUCAGUCCUGUGCUUGCUUUUGCUCACAUCACAUUGUCUUCAAUUGGUCAAUUUUAAUGGACACUACCUGCAAGUCCACGAAUCACUUCUGUUUUUUUCUUCUUCUGCAGGAUAUCUUGACAAUGUAAACAUCUUUCAGUUUUCUGUUUUGUAUAUUUUGGUUUAAAGUCUGUAUUUGCUCAUUUCUUGUAGUUCUCUCUGUUAUCCACAUUAAAAGCUUUCUUUGCAUCA